AUGAGCGCGAGCACUUUGGCCAGCACAAGACUGCACAGGCACUACCUGUCCGCCUUCUCUACAGUCGCUGACCUCAUCACGCACCUCCGCUCUAGUGAGGCCCGCUUUCGUGCCGCUAUCCCCGCUGAGUUUCUUGCCAAGAACCCCCCCCCGCUGUGGUUGACUCUCUACCACAUCGUCACCCGUCUCCCUGACUCUCUUCGUGCGGUUAGGGACCACUUCCUCGCUCGCUGCCCCACUGAGCUCACCAUUGAUCUGCUUGAGAAGGAACUGCUUGCAGCUGAGACUAGCAUAGUCGCUGUAGGUACCUCUCGUGGCGACCCCCGCACCCCUUUCUUUGAGGGGUGUUCCCCCUCCCCCCUUCUCCCCUCCGUCGCCUCUGCUGCCACUGUCGACCUCCUUGGGACUGAGCAGGUCGGGACAGCGUCCACUUCGAGUGGGCGUCGCAGCGGCAAAGGCAAAGGGGGCAAGGGAGGUGGUGGUGACAGCGAGGGAGGCGGUGGUGGGGGCGGUGGCGGCGGUGGGGGUGGUGGAGGGGCUGGAGGGGCUAGUGGCAGCAUCGACGCGGUGGCGGCAGGGGUGGUGGUGGUCGAGGUGGUGGUCGAGGUGGUGGUCCGCGCCAGCAGCAGACUCUCUCGCCCCAGGAGCUUAGUGAGUGGUACCUUCAGCAUGGGGGGGGGGGCGGGUGGCCUUAGCUGCACGUACGUCAUCCGCACAGGUGACCGCGCUGGUCAGACGUGUGGGAGGGCGCACACCACGCAGCGCUGCUUCUCCCACCUUGACGAUGCUUGGCGCGCCCAGUUUCCUGAUGCCACUGAGCUGCCCCGCUGGGCUGAUCUGGUGAGGAAGAACAUUGAUGUCUAUGCUCUUGACUUUGAUGUUAUUCUUGGUGCCAUGUAUGUGAUCUCUACUAGUGGAGAGAGUGCCCAGUACCUGCAUGUUCCGCCCUAUCCGGGCAUUUGGACCAGUGAGGCUGCCGCCCUAGGUGCUAGUGCGUCUGUUGCCCCAGGUGCUGUUGAGGCUGCCGCUCCGGGUGCUAGCGUCUCUGCUGUCCCAGGUGCUGGUGAGGCUGCUGCCCUAGGUGCUCGUGAGUCUGCGCCCCCUGGUACUGAGUCUACUGCGGCACUGCACACCUUCACCCUGGACUCAGGCGCUUCUCGCUGUUUCUUUCGUGACCGCACUGACCUUGAGCAGCUUGCUCGGCCAGUUGCAGUCUCCCUCGCUGACCCCUCUGGGGGUCCGGUCCUUGCGACCUCCUCCACUGUCCUUCCCUGUCCUGCGGUCCCGUCGGGCACACUGUCAGGUCUCUACCUCCCCUCGUUCUCUACGAACUUGGUGGCAGGUAGUGCGCUCCAGGAUGGGGGUGUUCACCAGUUCACCCCUGCCUACGAGCGCGUGACACACUGCACGUGUGCUAGGACGGGUCGCCACUUGGCUACCUUCACUCGGCAGCCGGGGUCGGACCUGUACACACUGACCACUGAGCCCCCUCAGGUAGCUGCAUCUGCGUCCACGUCUGCGUCCGGUCAGCUGUCGGCCCCCUGCUCGUGUCGCUCCCUGUCGCACCAGACCGUCCUCUGGCACCACCGCCUUGGUCACCCGUCCGUGCAGCGCCUUCGUGGCAUGCACUCCCGGUACCUUGUCUCUGGUCUUCCCAGGGUGCUCCCUCCCCUCCCACCCUCGCCUGCUCCUCCCUGUCUUCCCUGUGUCGAGGGGCGGCAGCGCGCCGCUCCUCACUCCUCCUCCUUUCCCCCGACGACUGCUCCCCUGCAGACGCUCCACAUGGACGUGUGGGGCCCAGCCCGCGUUCGUGGACUGGGUCACGAGAGGUACUUCUUGAUAGUUGUUGACGACUACUCGCGUUACACCACGGUCUUCCCCUUGCGCACCAAGGGUGAGGUCCCUGAUGUUUUGACCCCUUGGAUCCGCACUGCUCGUCUCCAGCUCAGCAAGAGGUUCCACUCCGACCUUCCUGUCCUCCGUCUGCACUCUGACAGAGGUGGGGAGUUUUCCUCCGGCCUCUUGGAGGCCUUCUGUCAGCAGGAGGGCAUUGAGCAGUCGUUCACGCUUCCGGCCUCUCCACAGCAGAAUGGGGUUGCUGAGCGCCGCAUUGGCUUGGUCAUGGAGAUCGCUCGUACCUCCUUGGUCCAUGCGGCUGCCCCCCACUUUCUGUGGCCGUUUGCGGUCCGAUACGCUGCGCAUCAGCUCAACCUCUGGCCCCGUGUCUCCACUCCGGAGACUUCCCCGACGCUGCGUUGGACGGGCAAGGUUGGCGAUGCGUCACGUUUUCGGGUCUGGGGAUCUCGAGCCUUUGUCCGCGAUGCGUCCGCGGACAAGCUCUCCUCCCGCACUGUUCCUUGUGUCUUCCUUGGCUUUGACGUCACUUUCGACGAGUCCGUCCCCUACUACCGCCUCUUCCCCUACCGCACUGCCCCGCUCCCCCCCCCGCCUCUCUUCCUCGCUCCAGGUGCUGCUGUGCUAGACCCCCUCCCCCCUCAGGGUGCCGCUCCCUCAGGUGUGUCCCAGGUAGACCCAGUUGAGCCUGUCGAGGUAGCUGUCGACUCUCGUCCUGCUUGGGGUACUGAGCCUGCGGGUGCUGAGCGUGAGGGUGCUGAGCCUGAGUGUGAGGAGCCUGCGGGUGCUGAGCGUGAGGGUGCUGAGCCUGAGUGUGAGGAGCCUGGGGGUGCGGAGCCUGGGGGUGCUGAGCCUGAGUGUGCGGAGCCUGGGGGUGCGGAGCCUGGGGGUGCGGAGCCUGGGGGUGCUACACCUGACUGUGCGGCGCCUGGAGACCCUCCCUCUUCAGAGCAGCUGCUUGAGUGGUACUCGCGGUACUGCGGCCUUCGGACACCUAGGCGGGAGCUCCCCUCUCUCCAGCAGCUCCGAGAGUGGUACGCUCGGCGCUGCACUCUCCGGAGUGGAGCUGCUGGUGCUUGGGACUCUGGCGUUGGAGCUGCUGCUGGUGCUGCGGACCCUGGAGUUGGAGCUGCUGCUGGUGCUGCGGACCCUGGAGUUGGAGCUGCUGCUGGUGCUGCGGACCCUGGAGUUGGAGCUGCUGCUGGUGCUGCGGACCCUGGAGUUGGAGUUGCUGCUAGUCCUGCCGACCCGGUAGUUGGAGCUACUGCUGGUCCUGCCGACCCUGGAGUUGGAGCUGCUGCUGGUGCUGCGGACCCUGGAGUUGGAGCUGCUGCUGGUCCUGCCGACCCUGGAGUUGGAGCUGCUGCUGGUCCUGCCGACCCUGGAGUUGGAGCUGCUGCUGGUUCUGCCGACCCUGGAGUUGGAGCUGCUGCUGGUGCUGGGGACCCUGGCGUUGGGGCUCCUUCUGGUGCUGAGGACCCUUGCGCUGGCCCUGCUGGACCCGCUCCGGGUGCUGGUGGUGUCUCUACUGGUUCUGGAGACGCUGCGCGGCCCCGGCCGUACUUCGUUCCGCUCCUUCAGCAGGUUCUUGGUCAGCCUCCUCCUCCUUGUCCUGCUCCCUCCUUAGAGUGUCCUCCACCUGUCCCGUCGCAGUCACAGUUACCGCCUGCCUCGCCACUCCCUGGUCCUUCUCCUUACACUGGUCCUACUGGAGGUCUUACGGAGCGUCGUGAGCCUGAGUCUCGUCCUGUGUCGCCUGCGUCUCGCUCUGCGUCACCUGUUCGUGCUGCUCGCUCUGGUCGUCGUGUCCCUCGUCAGCGUCCUCUUGCUGUCCUCGGCACUCACCAGAUGGCGCUCCGUCCCUCCACUGCUCCUCAGCGUGUCCCUCUGCCUUCUCCUCCUGCGUCCUCUCUUCCUACUCUCGCUGACCCAGAGUCUGACUCCCUUCGUGCCGCCCGUCCUACUCUCAUGCAUCUCCUCGCUACUGUUGUCACUGACCCUACCUUUGAGUCCUCUGCUGCGUCUGCUCUCGUUGCUGAGUUAGUUGACUUUGCUGCCGCUUGUCGUCUAGACUACGCUGCUAGCCUGGCAGGAGGAGUUCCAGUGCUUUGCUGCUGCUUUGCCCCAUCUUGUGUCCAUGCUAGUUGCCCCUGA